AUGGUAUCUGGACAAGACAUAGACGAAUUCGAAGAUAUGGUAUCUGGACAAGGUAUAACGUUUUUAACCGACAACAACGAGGAACUACUUAAUAGAUUACGAGUAAUAUUAGCGGCAAUGAAGGAAGGACAUCGAUCACACAGACAAUUUAAUGAAGUGAAUUGUAUACUAAAAAGACUCCUAGAGAAAGAUUAUGAGUACGAACUCGAUCGCAAUCAAAAAUAUGAAUUGGGAUUAAAGUAUUUCUCUGUUUACAAUUCCAUUAGAAAUAUCAACGAAAAAAAUAACCAAAUAAAAAUAUCAACAGAUAAUGGAGUUACAUUCAAAACCAUACGUUUACUACCAGGAAGCUACGAAUACGUAGCCAUUAACGAAUACCUAUCUGAAUAUGGAGGAAGUGUAAAUGGUAAAAACAAUGUUGAAUUCGAAGGUAAUUUAAAUCUGAACAAAAUGAAAUUGAUAUUAAUAUUAAGAAAUAAUAGUCAAGUUGAUUUCAACGUAGAAAAUUCAUUGAAUGCGUUACUAGGAUUUGAUAAAGAAAUAUACACCCAAUCCACUUUAGCACCACACAAAGCUAAUAUCGAGAAUGAUAUCAUUGUCAUAAAUAUACAUUGCAAUUUGAUAAACGGUGGAUUUUUCAAUAAAUACAAACGUCAGAUUAUUUACAGUCUUCCAACAUUCACUGUACCGAUAGGAUAUAGAAUUAAAGAGAAACCAUUUCAAACGACGUAUUUACCACUUAAUUCCUUUAUGAUUAAAGAUAUAAAUCUGGAAAUCAAAGAUGGUAAAAAUAGGUUUAUAGAUUUUGGUAACGAGGAAAUUGUUAUUCAACUUCAUUUAAAACAAAAAAAUUAA